UAUUUCAGUCGUUGAAUUUAAUUAGCUUUACAAAUAAUGACGUAUGUGACAGUGAUCGGUCUAUUUGCAACAGUCGCAAUAAACGUUUGCAUGGCAGACGUUCAUUCAUGGGGACAGCUUAUCACUUAUCAAUAUCAUCGGAUGUACGAAAGAACACUGAUAGAUGAAAGCAGUUCCGUACCGAAGGACUAUACAAUUUUCUACAAAUACUACGGAGCACCAUUUAAGCCGGUGGCACACAUUGAAAUUGAAGUUAAUACCAAAAGUGAGGGAUACAUUAAUAUCGGUCGAUUCACAAUAAAUACGUAUAAUAAACGGAAAGAGGACGCACAAACAUUCGAUGCACAAGUUUCUAUCAAAAAUGCAACUAAUGUCACAGCAACGUUACGCAUUCAUGGUAUGGGAAUGAUGACGUUACCAUCCAUGGGCCUGCGCAAAUUGACAUCAACAAGAAGUGUAGCCUAUGUUCACGCCAAAAGUUCGAUUCCCAGUAUAAAACAAAAUGGGUUUGUCCAAAGUUUGAUCGGGAAAAGAAGAAACGGCGACGAGCUGAUCCAUUUCGAAAGUAGAAAUGUGAGAAACCAGAACCGUUUUCCUAGCAGAGCAUUUGAGUAUUCAGGCAGCGAGUAUAUUACAUGUGUUGGUUUCUCAUUUGACUCUCCCACAGCUAUGGUCAUGAUUAAUACGACAUUUGUUGGUGAAAACGAAUUCAACGGAAUCGUUUACGACAUGAACAGUGAGCAUUUUGUAGCGAAUAUGUCGGUCUACGGUAUUAAGAUUUUAUCACGACCAUACCAUUUUGAGGGAGUCAUAUAAUGGUGAGAAUACUUAUCACAUUUCAAAUGUACUUUUUCACACUAUACGUCAGUGGGAGUUGCGGGAAUUCGAUACUUUCGAAACAAAAUGUGAAAAAGUCAUUUAACAUAACCUCGAAGACACGGCCGUACGUUCGUUACCAUAAAACAUGUUAAUUAUUGUAAAAAAAAAUUCAAUGAAAAACCUCUUCAAUAAACUAAGAACGUAUACUACAAACUUGUAG